CACCUCCCGGUCGGUGCAAGUGGCUCAUCCGCUGGCUCGCGGCUUGGUCCCCGCAGUGUCCCGAGGUGGGAAAACUGCCACAUUCUGAGGUUCCCCCAGAGCCCCACGCCAACCCGUGACCCCCGCAGAGAUCCUGAUGGGGACAGGAACCGUCAUCGGGUGACACUUGCACCUGCAAGAAGAGUCUGUGAUAGGUGGGACGCAGUUCAGGCGGGGACAAGGACAAAGUCCAGGACACCGCCAAGAAUAAUAACCCCCCUGAGCUGAGGACUCUGCCAGCUGGGACCAAGACGAAGAGCAGAGCAGGGCCAGGCUGUCACCGGUCCGCAUCCGGAGGUGGUGACGCGCCCGCCUCACGUCACUGCUCCGGCAGCCAGGACUGGCUCCCGCCCGCGUGGUGCUGCCGGUUCCCUAAAGCGCAGUGAGUUACCCUUGGGAGAUUGCCGAGGGACCGGUCAGACCGGAGCCCGUUUCCUUCCUGGCUCCUGCUCCAAGCCCGGUGCCUCCCCGCGGGGCCGGGGCCAUGGCUGGGUCGUUGCGCCCGCCGGGCUCAGCCCCGUGAGACCACAGCAGCAUCACUCGCAGGCCCAGACACCCAGCCUCGAGCCAUGGCACUGCUCACCCACCUUCUGGCCUCUGCCUUCGGCAUGGGCUCCUGGGUGGCCAUCAACGGGCUGUGGGUGGAGCUGCCACUGCUGGUGACAGUGCUGCCAGAGCAGUGGUACCUCCCCUCCUACAUCACCAUCAUCAUCCAGAUGGCCAACGUGGGACCACUCUUUGUCACCCUCUUGAAUCGCUUUCGGCCUGGUUUGCUGAAGGAGACGGCUGUUAUCUAUGCAAUUGUGUCCAUGGGUGUCAUUGCCUGCUUGCUCCUGGCUUUCCUCUGGAGCCACACGUCCCUCAUUGCCGGAACAUCCCACAGCAUCCCUUUCCUAAUCCUUACCUUCUUCCUGGCCCUGGUGGACUGCACCUCCUCUGUCACUUUCCUGCCCUUCAUGAUGCAGCUGCAGCCCCAGUACACAAACACCUUCUUCAUAGGCGAAGGGCUAAGUGGGCUGAUCCCUUCUCUCAUUGCCCUGGGCCAGGGCUCUGGUAUCUCCAGCUGCACCAACGUAAGCUACAAGGUCAACAUCACCACCAGCAAUGAGACCGUGGAGAGCACCAUCUUCCAUCUGGAGACCCGCUACCUCCCACCCAACUUCUCCACCCUCAUCUUUUUCCUGCUCAUGACUGCAAUGAUGCUGACCUGUUUGCUGGCCUUCUUCUUCCUCACCCGGCAGCCCAAGGUGUGGGAGCUCUCUCAGCAGCACCUCUUUCCCAGCAGCAUUGUGCUGAACUCAUUUGACCAGAUCCUUGAUGAGGGAGCUGACUCGCACCUGAGCAGAGGCUGCUCAUGCCCAAAGGAUCCCAAGGAACCUGGGGACAUCGUGCCACAGAAGAUCUCCUACUCCCUAACCCAGCUCACCCUCAUCUACCUCCUCAUCGCCUGGGUGAGCGCCCUAACAAACGGGGUCCUGCCAUCGGUGCAGUCCUACUCCUGCCUGCCCUACGGACACACCACGUACCACCUGGCAGCCACGCUCAGCUCCAUGUCCAAUCCCCUGGCCUGCAUCAUGGCCAUGUUCCUGCCCAGCAGGUCCCUGACCCUGAUGGUCAUCCUCACAAUGGCAGGGACAGGCUUUGGUGCCUACAACAUGGCCAUUGCAGUGAUGAGUCCCUGCCCACUCCUCCAGCAGUCCCAGUGGGGCGAUGUCAUCAUUGUCCUCUCCUGGGUGCUGUUCACCGGGACGCUCUCCUACAUGAAGGUGAUGGCCGGGGUGAUCCUGCGGAGCCGCAGCCGCAGCGCGCUGGUGUGGUACGGGGCGCUGGAGCAGCUGGGCUCCCUCCUCGGGGCACUGAUCAUGUUCCCCCUUGUCAACGUCUAUGGCCUUUUCAAAUCUGCUGACUACUGCAGCCUGCAGUGCCCAGCAUGAGUGGGGUGGAUGCCCCAAAACCGCUGCUCUUGCCAGCAUGAACUCCCAAAAUCAGUGAGGCUGGCUGGCUGGGAAGCAGCGCUGGGACCAGGACGGCUGCAGACACGGCUCCCUGAUGGGCUCUGCCAGGGCGCAGCAUCUCCAGGGCUUUGUCCCCAGCUUGGGCACGGGAUGUUCCAUCCUGUGAAAGUAAUAGAAGGUGUUUUACUCA